UCAGACACUAGAAGGGCAUGGAAUCAAUGCUCAAAUUCAAUGGCGACAUUUGCAGGGACUCAGCAGAAAUGCAGUGCCUGCGACAAGACCGUCUACUUGGUCGAUAAGCUCACUGCUGAUAACAGGGCUUUUCACAAAGCCUGCUUUCGUUGCCACCAUUGCAACGGCACUCUCAAGCUCAGCAAUUACAACUCGUUUGAAGGGGUGUUGUACUGCAGGCCUCACUAUGAUCAACUCUUCAAGAGAACUGGUAGUCUGGACAAGAGUUUUGAAGGAACACCAAAGAUUGCCAAACCUGAAAAACACAGGGAGAAUGAGAAUGCACAGAAAAUGGUGAGUUUGUUUGGUGGCACCAAAGAAAAAUGUGUAGGAUGCAGUAAGACUGUGUACCCAAUUGAGAAGGUUACCGUUGAUGGGACAUCAUAUCACAGAAGCUGCUUCAAGUGCAGCCAUGGAGGUUGCACCAUUAGUCCAUCAAAUUACAUUGCCCAUGAAGGGAAACUCUACUGCAAACAUCACCAUAUCCAACUCUUCAAGGAGAAAGGCAACUAUAGUCAGCUUGAGGGUGACAAACAAGAAGACCCCAUCACUGAAAAACUCACAUCCAUGGAAAUUGCUGCCGAGUCAUAGCCGAGUUGAGUCAUCCAUGUCCACUGUUGAGUCUGCUUGCCCCAUGGAGUUUUUGUCUUUUUUUCCCCUAAAUAUUACUCCAUUUUUCAUUAUUUUGGCAUUGGGUUUUGUUAGUGGAGUGAGCUUUAAAAAUAAGACUACUCAUGGUUUGUUUCAGCAUUUGCUUGUGGAAAGUAUAUAGAGAUUUGGCUUAACA